UGGAGCUGCUGCUAUUGAACGAGCACUGACUGAGAGAUAGAGGGAAGAUAACUACAGGAGGAGGAGGAAGCGCAUUGAGGGGCUUCCGUACACUGACUUAGUUUUUUUUUUAAAAGAAAGUUAAGAACUCCCAAAAGGGAGUUGGAUUUUUUUUCUUAAAGCACUGGCUUUACAUUUUUUAGCUUAUUAAUAUAUUUUUUUAAAACAUGCAUUGGGUAGCUCGCAUUUUAACUGCAUUGACUUGUUUGGCUGCGUGCAGCUAUGGUGCUAUGGAUGAAUGUGUGGACGACUCAAACAGACCCCAACGCUAUAUGCCGGAGUUUGUGAACGCCGCUUUCAAUGUGACUGUGGUGGCCACCAACACUUGCGGGCAACCGCAAGAAGAGUACUGCGUACAAACCGGGGUAACGGGAGUCACCAAGACCUGCCAUAUAUGCGAUGCCAGGGACCCUCGGCUACACCACAGCGCAGUCUACCUCACUGAUUACAACAACCAAGCAGACACCACCUGGUGGCAAAGUCAGACCAUGAUAGCUGGCAUCCAGUACCCCAAUUCCAUCAACCUAACCCUACACCUUGGCAAAGCUUUUGACAUCACAUAUGUACGGCUCAAGUUCCACACCAGUCGACCAGAGAGUUUUGCCAUCUACAAGCGCACCAGUGAGGAUGGCCCCUGGGUACCCUACCAGUACUACAGUGGCUCCUGUGAGAAAACUUACCAGAAGCUAAACCGAGGCUUCAUCCGGACCGGUGAGGACGAGCAGCAGGCGCUCUGCACUGAAGAGUUCAGCGACAUCUCUCCUCUCACCGGGGGGAAUGUGGCCUUCUCCACACUCGAGGGACGGCCCAGUGCCUACAACUUUGACAGCAACCCUGUUCUACAGGAUUGGGUAACAGCCACUGAUAUUCGGGUGACCUUAAACAGACUAAACACCUUUGGAGAUGAAGUUUUCAACGACCCUAAAGUCCUAAAAUCAUAUUACUAUGCAAUCUCCGACUUUGCAGUGGGCGGAAGGUGCAAGUGUAAUGGUCACGCCAGUGAGUGUUUGAAGAAUGAGUAUGAGAAGAUGGUGUGUAACUGCAAGCACAACACAUUUGGCAUGGACUGCGAAAAGUGUCUGCCUUUCUUCAACGACCGGCCGUGGAGGCGAGCCACCGCUGAGAACCCCAACGAGUGCCUGCCAUGCAACUGUAAUGGCAAGUCUCGGGAGUGUUACUAUGACUCUGAGCUGUACCGCGCUACAGGACAUGGUGGACACUGCUUAAACUGUGAUGACAACACUGAUGGCCCCAACUGCGAGCGCUGCCGAGAUAACUACUACCGACUGGGGGCCGACGGUCACUGUCUACCCUGUAUCUGCAAUUCAGUGGGAUCCCUGAGCACUCAGUGUGAUAAUUAUGGGCGCUGCAGCUGCAAACCAGGUGUGAUCGGUGAGAAGUGUGAUCGCUGUCAGCCUGGAUACCACUCGCUCACAGAGGCCGGGUGCAGACCAUGCCAGUGCACCCCUGCAGGAAGCACACAGGAUUGUGAUGUUCAGACUGGCCAAUGCCAGUGCAAAGAAAAUGUUGAGGGUUUCAAUUGUGACAGGUGCAAACUUGGAUAUUUCCACCUGGACCCAGUGAACCCCAGAGGCUGCACAGCCUGCUUCUGUUUCACGCACUCUGCAGUCUGUGACAGCGGGGAUGGCUACAGCAUUAACACAAUCACAGCCACCUUUGAUAGAGAUGCUGAAGGCUGGCGGGGAGAGCAGCGUGAUGGCACAGAGGCCCUGGUCCAAUGGUCCCCCAACAGCCAUGAGAUCUCCUUGAUAUCAGAAGAUUACUUCCCUAUCUACUUUGUUGCUCCAGAGAAAUUCCUGGGAAACCAGAUGCUGAGCUAUGGGCAGAACAUUUCUUUCAGUUUCCGUGUGGACCGCCGUGACACGCGCCUGUCUGCUGAGGACGUGGUGCUGGAGGGGGCGGGGUUGCGGGUUGCUGUGCCCCUCAUCGCCCAGGGAAAUGCCUACCCCAGUGAAAACAAGCAGACCUAUGUCUUCAGGCUGCACGAUGCCACUGACUAUCCUUGGAGGCCCAGCCUUGGUCAUGCUGAUUUCCAGAAGCUGCUUCACAACCUGACUGCAGUCAAGAUCCGCGGCACUUACAGUGAGAAAAGUGCUGGUUACUUGGAUGAUGUCACAUUGACAACUGCCCGUCGUGGUCCCGGAACCCCUGCCCACUGGGUGGAGAAGUGUACCUGCCCUACUGGUUACUUAGGCCAGUUCUGUGAGCAGUGCGCCCCUGGCUACAAGAGGGCCAACCCCAGCCUUAGAUCAUUCAGCUCCUGUGAGCCUUGUACCUGCCAUGGACACAGCGACACAUGUGACCCAGAAUCUGGCAAUUGCUACUGUAGAGAUCACACUGAUGGCCUCAACUGCGAGCGAUGCAAGGAUGGUUACUAUGGAGACUCAACCAUUGGGAACCCUACUGAUUGCAAGCCCUGCCCCUGCCUGGGCGGAUCCAGCUGUGCCGUCGUCCCAAAAACAAGAGAGGUUGUGUGUACCAACUGCCCCACUGGCACCACAGGCAAGCGAUGUGAGUUGUGUGACGAUGGCUACUACGGAGACCCCUUGGGUGAGAAUGGCCCUAUCCGAGCCUGUAGAGCGUGCCAGUGCAACAACAACACUGACCCCAGCGCUGUGGGCAACUGUGACCGGCAGACUGGGGAAUGCUAAUUUCUCACAACUCUCCUAAUUGAAACCCUGUUCAUUUCCAAAGAGUUGAGCUGGUUUCUCUUAAUCUUUUUGAUCAAGUAAACAAAAUGAGAAACAAAGAAUGUAUGGCAUCCAGUUGCAGACCUACAUAUUUGUAUUUAGCUACAUUAUCUAUGUCAAGCCAUGGACAGUGGGCCAAAGUCUAAUUAGUCUGUUAUUAGAUUUGUUAUGUAAUUGUGCAGAUUUCACUUUAACUAUGGUGUAAAAGUUUUGGCUGCUGACUGUUAAUCUGUACAAAAAAAAAAAAAAAAAAAAAACGUCCUGGAUUAAAUCAAUUUUGGAGGUGCAAAAGCCAGUAUGAAACAGAGCUAUGGCAGCGCCAUUGACUUUGGUUUAAUUCAGGCUUAAUGGGGGAUUGCAUCAAUCUGUACUCCACUGGGAUAGGCCGCAGAUAGAAUUUGUAUUAACAUUUUACAGAGGAAUUAACCUGGCUCGGAUAAAACGCUUAUGUUUUGGGGUAAUUCCAGGAUAAUCAUAGAUAUUAGGUGGUAGAUUGAAUCCAGGGGAUUCCCUAGUGCUGUAAAAUACGCUACAACAAUCCAGCUGUGUGGCUUAUCUCAACAGGUACAGGUUGAUCAAAUCCACCGUAAAUAUCUGUAAGGCAUAAAAUUUCAUUUUGAGUACUUGAGUGAACUUUUUGUCUUUUGUUUUGUUUUUAAUUUUUUAAAAAUGAUCCCUUUCCUUGUCUGAUAUUUGUUUAAAUGCUGUUGUCAGCUUGUUGGAGGUAUUUAUUCAAUCUGUAAAUCAGCUGUUAACUUCCUUGAUUCAUGGCCUUAUUUAGCCAUUGCUUGAACAUGAACUUGAUGUAAUAUUUGCUUUACCUUUUAUAAUCAGGGCUGCACUCGGCCAAAGUCUUACUGAAAUGAAACCUUUUUAGAACACCCUCUACUGUGCUUGUUUGCCUUAGUAACUAGCAUCUAUUUUCAAUGUGCUGUGCAUUGUAUCGCAGUGAGGGCAUUGUUUCACAGCAGAAAGUUGAUUUAUUUAUCUUGUCUGUUAUCACUGCAGCUGUCUUGGUGCCUGAAUGACUGGAUAAAACAUAGAUCUCCACUCUAAAUAAAGGAGUCUAAAAAUGA